AUGUCUUCCCCCGCAAUUCAGGAUCAAGAUGCGUCGUCUCCCCCACAGCACAAAACAGCACCAGGCACCCCGUCAGCUCCCCCGGCCCUCGCGCUGGAGGAGAUCCAGAUGGCGCAUGUGUCGUCUAUAAUAUCUGCUGCUGCAGACCAAACAGCGCAUGAUGUCGAAGAAAAAAGAGGCAAGGUUCGAGUCGUUGCGAUUUUCACCGCUCUUGCGCUCAGCCUGUUUAUCGCGGCGCUCGACCAGACCAUCGUGUCGACGAUUAUCCCAACCAUGGUGGCCGACCUGCACUCUGCAGCAGGCUAUGUCUGGAUCGGAGGCGCGUAUCUGCUCGCCAACGCAGCCGGGUCCAACAUCUGGGUCAAUCUGUCGGAUAUCUGGGGCCGCAAGCCCAUUCUACUCGGCACAGUAGCUCUCUUCUUCGUCUCGUCGAUUAUCUGCGCAAAGGCAGUUGACAUGACCAUGCUGAUCGUCGGACGAGCGUUCCAGGGCGUGGCCGGCGGCGGGCUGAUGCAGCUGGUGCUGGUCACGAUCUCGGACCUGUUCAGUGUGCGGCAUCGCAGCCUGUAUUUUGGCCUGCUCGAGUUCAUCUGGGCGCUGGCCGGUGCCAUCGGCCCUCUGAUGGGCGGUGCGUUGACGCAGCGCGUGUCGUGGCGCUGGGCGUACUGGAUCAAUUUGCCCGUGUGUGGACUGGCGCUGCUGUUGUUAAUCGCUUUCCUCGACGUGCACAACCCGCGUACUGCCUUUCUUGACGGUAUCAGAGCCAUUGACUGGGCUGGCAGCCUGGCCAUCCUGGGCAUGACGCUGAUGCUGCUGCUGGGACUGAACUUUGGCGGCGAUACCUUUGCGUGGAGCUCGCCGACGGUGAUUUGCCUGAUUAUCGCGGGCUGUCUGAUGAGCCUGGUGUUUAUCUACUGCGAGAAGCGGCUGGCGAAAUAUCCCCUGAUGCCGUUGGGUGUUUUCCAGUCCAAUAUUGCCAGCUUUGUGAUUGCUUUCUGCCAGGGCGCGGUCUUCAUGGGCGGGGAAUACUACCUACCCUUGUACUUCCAGUCCACCAAAGGCGCCUCACCCAUCCACUCCGGCCUGCUUCUUCUACCCAUCGUACUGACCGAAGCCUUCACGAGCGCGCUGACGGGCUAUCUGAUCCACCGCACCGGCCGCUACGUCGAGCUGCUCCAGUUUGGAUGCGUGACGUCUGCGCUCGGCACGGGCCUCUACAUCAAUUUCUCGACAGAUUCCCCUCUGGUAAAAAUCAUUCUGUAUCAGAUCAUCGCGGGACUGGGUAUUGGCUGCCUCUUCACGGCGCCCGUGAUUGCGUUACAGGCCAAUGUGUCGCAGGCCGACACCGCCAGCGCCACGGCGACUCUGAGCUUUGUGCGCAAUUUGGCCACGGCGGUCUCGAUUGUCGUCGGCGGCGUUGUGUUUCAGAACAGCAUGGUCCUGCGCAAGCCAGCCCUAUACGCGGCGGGCCUGUCUGCGGAGGCUAUCGAAACCUUUGCGGGCGAGGACGCUACGGCCAGUGUGCUGUUGAUCGACAGCUUACUGGAAGAUCCGCUGCAGCGGCGCGCAGUGCGUGAUGCAUGGGCGUGGAGUCUGCGCAAUAUAUGGAUCUUGUACACGUGCAUUGCAGUAGUCGGCGUUGUGGCGUCGUUGUUCCUGCGCAAGACGCAUUUGAGCAAGGAUGAGGUGUGGACGGAGAACAAGACGGGGAUUAGAGCGAGGGAAAAGAGUAGCAGUAGUUCUUAA